GAGAGGGGAGGGGAGCCAGAAGGGGAGGAGGGGGAAGAAAAGGGAGAAAGGGGUGAACCUCCUGGAAGACAUAAAUAGGCAAAAGCGGCUUAGGAGGCUCGCAGUCGCUCCUCUCGACAGCCAUACCCUCUCCUCUCCCCUUCUCCUCGCCUCCAUCAUCUGCCGCAACCCUCCGUUCAUCUGGAGCCCUGAGCACCAUCAACUCUUCAUCCUCCCCCAAAUCUGUCACCAUGGACGCCACAGCGAACAUGCCGUCCGUCUCCGAGGCGCUGCAGCACCUGGUGGUCCUGAUGCUGACGCUGGGCCCGUGCGUUCGCUCCAUGCCCGUUCCCACCGACGGGCCCAUGUGCACAGCCUCAGAAACGGCCCGCUACAAGCUCACCUUUUCUGGCAAGUGGACCCAGGCGGCGUUCCCGAAACAGUAUCCGUUCUACCGCCCCCCUGCUCAGUGGUCCACCCUCGUUGGUGUGACCCACAGCUCCGACUACCACAUGUGGCAGCGCAACGGCUUCGCCAGCAACGGCGUGAGGGAGUUUGCAGAGAAGGGCGAGGCCUGGACCAUGGUGAAGGAAGUGGAAGCCGCCGGCGAGCGCAUCCAGAGUGUUUAUGGGCUCCUCUCUGCUCCUGCUGUCGGCGGAGGCACGGGCCAGACCAACACCGAGUUUGAGGUCUUCGCCAGGCACUCUUACCUGUCCUUCAUGGUGCGUCUGGUUCCGAGCCCGGACUGGUUCGUGGGAGUGGAGAGCGUCGACCUGUGUGACGUCGACCGCUGGAGAGACAACGUGUCGCUGGAGCUUUUCCCGUACGACGCAGGAACCGACAGCGGCUUCACCUUCUCGUCUCCAAACUUCGAGACCAUCCCACAGGACAAAAUCACACAGAUCACUUCUUCCUUUCCCAACCACCCUGCCAGCUCCUUUUACUACCCCCGCCUGAAGCACCUGCCCCCCAUCGCCAAGGUAAUGCUGACCAAGAUGAAUAAGACCAAUCAGAUCUUCAGCUUACCCGCGGAGCCCACCCAGUCCAACCAACUGCCAACAGGGAACGAGAUCGAGGACACACUCAUAAAUACGCCUCUGGACUGCGAGGUCUCGGUCUGGUCUCCUUGGGGCUUGUGUAAGAGCAAGUGUGGAGACUCUGGCGUGCAGCACCGCACGCGCUACGUCGUCAUGCACUCGGCCAACAACGGAUUGGCUUGCCCCCUGCUGGAGGAGGAGAGGAAGUGCCUCCCGGACAACUGUUUAUGACUAGGCCAGGACAGGAGGGAGAAGAAAGAGAGGAAGGAGAGGAAGGAGAAGAGAGAGAGGAAAUCUGGGAAAGGGAAGAAAGGGCGAAAAAGGAGAAACAACAGGAGAAGGUCUGCGGCGUAAUAAGGUGGACGCCAUUGUUUCUUCCAAAAGGACCGGCUGCUGUUGCCCAAACCGUCGGAUCCCCGAGUGUCAUCGAUAGAUCGACAGCACUAGAGCGGUGUAGUUUGGCACAACGGCUAUUAGACACCAAUUUAGUUUUGUCAGUUCAUCCAAACCUUCUGGGGAUACGAAGCUAUAACCUCAUUUCACAUUUGACCUUGGUGGUAAAUGGACCUUUGUGAACACAUUUGUUUUAGUAGUUUUAAACUCCCACCACCUUCCCUCAAGCAAAUUUAAAAAAUAAUAAUAAAAAGCAACUAGACAAUAAUUAAGAUCGCGAAUAUUUAUAUCAAAGAAAUACUACAAGAUGCUGCAAUAGUUCAGAAAAAAAAAAGGAUUUUAAUGUGUCGUCCUCACCGCAUUCAAAACACAAUGUUGGCAGAGACACUGUGGUCGUUUUCCUAAAGACAAAGAAUAUAUUUAUUGACAGGAUUUUAACCUGUAGUGUACAGUAUAUCAGCUCUGAAUCUAAUAAUUUGUAAGCCUUUUUUCAUUGUAGUAACAGAAUUGCAAAAGAUGUACACAAACAUGUUGUGUUUUUUUUCUGUAUGAAUCAAUAAAGUGUAAAUA